AUGUUGCUGGUGGAAACUAGCUUGUUGUGCAGACAGCCAAGGAUUUUAAGGCUCGUGUAUGCAAAUUCGAGGACUUCAAUACUCCUACUUGCUUAUAAGGUAAAGUUGAUGGAAGAAAGGAAUAUGAAGCUACUUGAUUCAAAUCUUGCAACAUUAUCAGCAAGAUGCAAUAAAGACUUGGAGUUGAAUUUGGCUAAGUCAUUCUUGAGUGAGAUGGGCCAAUGUACAACUGCUUAUCCAUAUAAUCAGCUGCUUGGAGCAUUAGUCUUAAAGAAUUAUGAAAGGCAAGACGCAACUUUACUUAGUUGGAAUUUUAUGUACAGAGCUAGUCCAUCGAAGCCUGCUCCUAUUUCUACACCAAAGAAGUUUACAAAGGCUAGUCCAUCGAAGCCUGAUUCUAUUCCUAUUCAACAGGAAGUUGUUCAACCUGUUCACAAAGAGACUUCUCAAACAACAAAGGUGGUCAUGCCUUCAAAAUAUGGUGUUCUCAAACAAUUAAAGAAAAUGGCUCAUCGGCCUCGUCAUUCACCGGAAAGGCAUGUUAUCGAAGUAGUUUCUGAUUUGUCUCCAUCUUUGUUAGGACAUGAUUUGUGGUUUAUACUUUACUUUUUGUUAGCUUUUAGAGUUCUUAGUCUAGGACCGAAAACACCAUGUUUUUCGUCACCACAGAGGGAAUCUCAAGCCCAGUCAAUUUUUGAGGCAACUAGCAGCCUUGGUAGAAAUGUGGAAACAUUUCAUGUGGACACAACCAUCAAUCUAGGUGAUCGUUUACAAUUUUCCAUCCCUGAGCAGACUUCGGUUAUACCUCCCGAAGUUUCUUCUACCAACUCUAAUAUGGAGGAGGUGCGAACUUCAGGUAUCACUGCAAACAUAUCUGAUAUGGGUGUAAAUGUCAUCAAAGGUGAUGGGGUGUCGACUUCUUUUGCUGUCUCAGCUACUUUCGAAGCUUUCAAUAUUGAUACAACCACUUCGUUGCAACCAUAUGUUUCCCCCACUUUGUUACCUAUUUCUACUUCCCCACCCACUUUUCAAAACAUCCUCAAUCAACCUAUCACAUAUUUGUUUCCCUUGUAA